UUUUUUUUGAAAGAAAAAAUAUUUUGGUUAUCACGCCGACUUAAUUUCUUCUCUUUUUUUUGUUUUAAUUUAUCCUUCAGUAUUUUUCCCCUCCUCCUGUUCUCCGAUGAACCUCUUCUCGGUUUGCACUUUGCAUGAAAAAGACCAGAGGAAAGACAUCAUGAAGUGUUAAAAAAUAAUCAUAAAGCCACCUUUGCAGCAACAACUAACAAUUCCAGCUGCAGUUUGCCAAGCUGCAAAAGAGAACCAACCUUUAUGCAAAAGGCGAAUAGAAAGAGCAACCCGCUCUGAUGCAUCAUCAAUACUAUAGGCUCUGCAAAGGAUAAUAAAGAGAGAGAGAGAGAAACAGUCGGUGCAAAUUGGAGCGAAGGUUGCAAAGGGCUGGUGGAGAGAAAGAAGGAAAAUAGAUAUUGCAAAUAAUCAAGCUGGCUCACCCGGUUGCAACUCAGAGUAGUCCCCUCGCUCCUGGUGCGCACCCUUUCUGGAGGACUGUCAGCAGCAAAAGGAUGGCAUCAGAACUGGCAAUGAGCAACUCCGACCUGCCCACCAGUCCCCUGGCCAUGGAAUAUGUUAAUGACUUCGAUCUGAUGAAGUUUGAAGUGAAAAAGGAGCCGGUGGAGACCGAUCGCAUUAUCAGCCAGUGCGGCCGCUUGAUCGCUGGGGGAUCGCUCUCUUCCACCCCGAUGAGCACGCCCUGCAGCUCGGUGCCCCCUUCCCCGAGCUUCUCGGCGCCCAGCCCGGGCUCUGGCACGGACCAGAAGACCCACCUGGAAGAUUAUUACUGGAUGACCGGCUACCCGCAGCAGCUCAACCCAGAGGCGUUGGGAUUCAGCCCCGAAGACGCGGUGGAAGCGCUGAUCAACAGCAGCCACCACCAGCUCCAGAGCAGCUUCGAUGGCUAUGCUAGAGGGCAGCAGCUGGCCGCCGCCGCGGCCGGCACUGGGGGCUCCAUGCCCGGGGAAGAGAUGGGCUCUGCCGCCGCCGUGGUCUCCGCAGUGAUCGCUGCAGCCGCGGCUCAGAACGGGGCUCCCCACUACCACCACCAUCACCACCCGGCUGGGCACCACCACCACCAGCAGCCGGGCAGCGUGCAAUCCAGCAGCAGCAGCAGCAGCAGCAGCACCGGGGGAGGAGGUGGUGGAGGGGGUCUGCACCACCAGCACCACAGCAGCAGCCUGCAUUUCGACGACCGCUUCUCGGAUGAGCAGCUGGUGACCAUGUCGGUGAGGGAGCUGAACAGGCAGCUCCGAGGGGUGAGCAAGGAAGAGGUGAUCCGGCUGAAACAGAAGAGGAGGACCCUCAAAAACAGAGGCUAUGCCCAGUCCUGUCGCUUCAAGCGGGUCCAGCAAAGGCACGUCCUGGAGUCAGAGAAGAACCAGCUGCUGCAGCAAGUAGAGCACCUAAAGCAAGAGAUCUCCAGGCUGGUCCGGGAGAGGGACGCCUACAAGGAAAAAUAUGAGAAGCUGGUCAGCAAUGGCUUCAGAGAAAACGGAUCCAGCAGCGACAACCCUUCCUCUCCAGAGUUUUUCAUGUACCCAAGAGAAUCUUCUACAUCGGUGAUGUGAAAAUGCCUGUUGCCUGAAGUUAAAAAAAAAAAAAGAAAGAAAAGUGAUGCUGGAAUGCUGAUGGCUUAAGACAACUUUUUGGCAUGAAGACAGCUACAAAGCACAAAAAACAAAAUAUGAACUCAAAGAAACAAGAAA